GUUGUUAAACUGAGAAAUGACAUGACACACGUUGAUGAUGUUGCAGGAUAUUUGUCAAGUGAAGUUAUUGAUGCUGAAGGUUGUGAUGUAAAGAACAGGUGGAGUCAGUCACAUCUAUAUUAGUUUUGGUCAAACACAUCUGGAGCAUCAGAGUCGGUCAGACACUGAGAGUGAAUCAUCACAUAAUCAUUCUGUUCAGAGAUCAGCACUAAGAUCGGCAGCAUGCGUUCCACAGCUGGUUGUUUGAUUCUGAUCAUUCUCCUUGGAAUCUGUGCAGAACCGGCCUUGGCGAAGCCAAAGAUUAAUGUCGAUAGAUCAGUGAUGAGUGAGGACUUGGAGCGGGACGCUUUUCAGGUCGCUCUCGUGGCUGUGACUAUCUACUCAACUGAAAAUGACAUUGCUAAAUACAUUGUGAAGGAGUUUGACAGAAGGCAUGGAGGCACCUGGAGCUGCGUUAUGGGGAGCUCUGGUUACUGGGUGCAAUAUAGAAAAAGUUUUAUCAGGUUCUCUGUUGGCGACCACACAAUUACGCUCUUCAAUACUGCCUGAGGUUCAGCAACGGUUCAAACUCAAUUUAUUUGAUCCACAACUAAUAAAAUAUCCCCCUUCAGAUUGUGGUUCAUGUGUUAGUUUUUGCUGUGAAAUCUUUACUGAUUUUUAUAAAGUAAACAUAAGAAAAACGUUUAUGUUGUUAGUCAUAUUUCAAGAUGAAGAGUUGAAAAAAUAAAAUUUGUAAAUAUGUAGUACAAAAAACACAAUAAUCAACACACAAACAGCAAACACAACAUUCUGACAUCUCUCAGUGUAAAAUCCUUACUGCAGUGGGAAUAAAAGAAUGACUGUGCCGAUUGAUUUCCAGUAGGGAUACUAUAAUUCAUACCAGAAGAAAUCAUGUUAAAUUCAUGAACAGUGGAUGAGAUGAAGAGCAGCUCUAGCUUUCUGUGAAACAACCAUUGAUGAUCCGGUCUGCUUAAUGACAAUCUUACAUUGGUUGACAAUGUUUCAGUGUUUAACAUUUACCAUACUGUUAAUAUUUUCUUAUUUCUUGAGCUUCACUUUUUAACUGUCUUUGUGCAAUAUUGUCUUGGGCAACUUUUUUCUGUUAUGUUAUCUAUACA